CUGGAAUCGGUGUGUGUAAUCACGUGACUGUCUUGUGAUUACAAAAUGGCGAUACCCGACAGAAGAAUGAAAGGUUUCCUCGUUCUCGCUUUCAUCUGCUUCGGACUAACGUUUGCUGAUGAUGAUUCGGAGUUGGUGCCUUUCAUGUGCCCGGAUGAUGUUCCGGAGUACAAGAUGGACACCGCAUUGUUUACCAUCAGAAAUGACCAGAAUCAACAGGCUAAACUGAGAUUGUACACGCAGAGUGAGGAAUGUGACACUUGUAAUCUCAUCCCAGAGUGGGAGAUCCUGCCCGCACAAAACUGUUCAAUAUUGGUGGACACACGCUGGCCUGUGAGGAUUGAGAUACGUACAGUGACCAACGAGUCGGUCAAGUCGGUCGACCCGUCCUGCAGUGAGGGCAAUCUGACCAAGUUGUUCCUGGAGUAUGGUGAUUACGUCGUGUAUAUGAAGUCUACUGAGGACAACGAGCAGGCCACAUGCUCAAAGCUGAUCAUAAUGAAUGACCCGUCGGACUCGAACAUACCUAUCUAUGUAGCACUUGGAAUAGGAGUGUUUUUGGCACUGGUUUGGAUCCUAAUGAAAUAUUUAUAUAGGAGAGGAAUACUCCAUCGAAUUAUAUAUUUCUGGAGCACAGAAGGAAUGAUGGUGCACAGGUAUUCCACACAGGAUCUUGGUACUCCCACAAACAUCAAUGCUGGCGAAGACCCGAAUAAAGAAGACAAGAAGGAGAAAAAGGAGAGACUGAAAUCACUGGAUACAUUUAGAGGAAUGAGCUUAGUGGUGAUGAACUUUGUCAACUAUGGCGGGGGAGGGUACUGGUUCUUUGACCAUUCUGACUGGAACGGUAUUACUGUGGCUGAUCUGGUCUUUCCGUGGUUUGUGUGGAUCAUGGGGACAUCGAUGGUCUUCAGCUUCAGUAGUCAGUUGAAGCGGUCAACACCUAAGACACUCAUGUUCUGGAAAAUCUUAAAGAGGUCAGCCAUCUUGUUUCUGCUGGGACUUGUCGUAAAUACUGAAGGCACACCAGGAGGUGUGGAGAUCGAGGAAAUCAGAAUACCUGGGGUGCUACAACGGUUUGCUGGCACCUACCUCAUAGUUGCAACAAUACACAUGUUUUUUGCAAAAACAACAGAUGAACAUCAGCACUGCUGGUGGUCCCCGGUGCGGGACAUCCUGGACUACUGGCCGGAGUGGAUCCUACACCUCGUCAUGGUGACUGUGUGGCUGGCCAUCACCUUCGCCCUGCCUGUACCUGGAUGUCCAAAGGGCUACCUGGGUCCAGGUGGGUUACAUGAAGGAGGGAAGUAUGAAAACUGCACAGGAGGCGCAGCUGGCUACAUCGACAGAGUCAUCUUCGGGAACUCCCAUAUAUAUGGCAACCCUACAGCGAAGGCGAUCUACAAGACCUCUGUGCCCUAUGACCCUGAAGGGCUGCUUGGGACCCUGACCUCCUGUUUCUUGUGUUUCCUGGGACUCCAGGCUGGAAAGAUUUUGCUUCAACAAAAAGACUGGGUGCAAAGAUGUAAAAGAUUUCUCAUUUGGGGUAUAAUAUUGGGAGUCAUUGCUGCCAUUUUAAGUAAAGCAUCCAAAAAUGAUGGUUUUAUCCCUAUAUGCAAGAAUCUAUGGUCUUUGUCGUUUGUGCUGGCGCUGUCAAGUCUUGCCUUCAUCUUGUUCAUGCUGUGCUACCUGCUGAUUGAUGUGUGGAAGGUGUGGAGUGGAGCACCAUUCUGCUACCCAGGACUGAACCCCAUUCUUAUAUAUGUCGGCCAUGAAGUGUUUGCUAACCGCAGCCCAGUACACUUCCCCGUAGUUCACACUCACGCAGCACAGCUCGCCAUGUCCGCCUGGGGGACAUUCUUCUGGUUCCUUGUCUCCCUGUACCUCUACGUCAAGGACGUCAUUGUCUCCAUCUGAUCAGGUGUCGUAAUGUACAGGAAAUGGACAUGAAGUGAAGUGAAAUGGACAUGAAUUGGACCAUCUUCCUGACGCUAGAGUGCCGAUUAAUCUAUAUCAAAGUCUAGUUUUCACCCUUGCCGUUUGAAACUUUUGCCUCAAGAGAUGGAAAUGGACGUAAAUGCAAGUGUAAUGGACAUGAAUUGGACCAUCUUCCUGAUGCUAGAGUGCCGAUUAAUCUAUAUCAAAGUCUAGUUUUCACCCUUGCCGUUUGAAACUUUUGCCUCAAGAGAUGGAAAUGGACGUAAAUGCAAGUGUAAUGGACAUGAAUUGGACCAUCUUUUGCCACUAGAGUGCCAGUUAAUCUAUAUCAAAGUCUAGUUUCCACUCUUACCUUUAACACUCUUGCCGUAAGAAGAUGGAAAUGGGUGUAAAUGCAAGUGAAAUGGACCAUCUUCCGAAGGCAAGAGUGACUACUCGUCUAUUUAUAAAAAUCUAGUUUUCACCCUUGCCCUUUGACACUCUUGACUCGACAAGAUUGAAAUGGACGUGAAAUGGAUGCAAGUGCAAGUAAAAUGGACCAUCUUCCCAAGGCAAGAGUGUCGACUCAUCUACAUCAAAAUACACGUGACUCGACAAGAUGGAAAUGGACGUGAAAUGUACAUGCGAUGGAGUAGACAUCAGCCAUGUCUCCACUGCCUGGGCUUGGACUGCCUGCUUCUUGGACCUGUCAUGUCUCCGAGUCAUCAUGGAGAACACCCCCUUUAACAUAUUUCAGAACCAAAGUGACAGAUGCAGAGGGAGAUUUGCAUUGUCUGUACAUAGUGUUUAAGGUUAAUGAUAACCAAUAUACAUUUUAUUUUGUCGUAAAUAUUUUAUUUGUGAACACAUGCUUAUUUAUUGCUUAUGUGAGGGACAACAUAUUUUGUUUUAUUGAGGCACCAAGAAGUUUAACAAUAUUAGGUUUGAUUAAGAAUUAUUUAUAUCAUUUAACACAUUGCAUGAGUGAUACUAGAUCACCUCUUUCACGAAGUCCUGUUCACAUGAAACUGAAAAUAUCAAUUUCUUAUCACAUUUGUAAUCAUCAUUCACCAAUAUGAAAUAUGUGUAUAUUAAGGGCAUUUUACUGUUGUGUAGUUCACAUGGGGUAUGUAAUUCCAUUUUCAUACUAAUCAUGAUAAUACCUGACAAGCAAGACUCUUUGUACUUAGAGUGAGUGAGUGAGUGAAUAUGGUUUUACGCCACUUUUAGCAAUAUUCCAGCAAUAUCACGGCGGGGGACACCAGAAAUGGGCUUCACACAUUGUACCCAUGUCGGGAUUCGAACCCGGGUCUUCGGCGUGACGAGCGAACGCUUUAACCACUAGGCUACCCGACCGCCCUUGUACUUAGAGAUACGUCCAAUGUGAGACUUGGUUAAUGUUGUUGUGUUUGGCAAAUGCCGGUAUCUUGUCUUUUCGUUUAUAGAUGUCUGUUUGUUUAUAUCCUUUGUUGGCAUUGUUGGGAUUGUUGAGAUUGUUUUGCAGUCUACCACCCUUGAGAUUCUUCAGGACAGAAUGACUGUACCGAAUCAUAAACUCUUCUUCUCUAAACUUGAAUGAAUGAAAUUUUACCAAAAUCUUUUAUGUAAUAAAUAAUGUCUUAAAGAUAAAGGAUCAUUAGGAUAUUCUUUUGUCUGUGAGAGCUUUGAAGAAAUUGCUGUUGUUUGUUUACUUGAGCAAUGUUAUUAACAAUAUUGGUAUAUACCUUGUCAAUAGAUCAACCGCAUCACGUUUAUUAGGGAUCAUGUUGAGUGAGUGAGUAUGAUUUUUUGUCGCUUUUAGCAAUAUCAUGGCGAGUGAUGCCAGACAUGGGCUUCACACAUAAUACCCAUGUCGGGAAUUGAACCCAGGCCUUCGGCGUAACAAGCCAACACCUUAACCAGUAGGCUACCCCAUUGCCCUGUUGGUCAUGUUGACAUAAGUUGUUUAUUCCAUGUUGUAAUGCAUCAUGCCACGUCAAAAAUUAUAUCCAAGAUAAUUGUUUAUUAAUAUUUGGAUAAAGGGACAGCUUUUUUGUUUUAUUUGAUGUCAUGCUUCCUUAGUAUUGUUUUUUUAGAGUUCCCAAUUGUGAUGUUCCCUCAGUUAUUACUGGGGGGAAGUAGGGAUGUGUAAUAGCCUUCAUGAUAUUACACAUUUAUUGAUGCAAGGGAGGUUGUAUUUACUAGGAUGGACAAGUAGAUUGGUGGGGAACUAGGAUGGACAAGUAGAUUGGUGGGGAACGAGGAUGGACGAGUAGAUAGGUAGGGAGCAAGGGUGGAAGGGUAGAUUGGUGGGGAACUAGGAUGGACGGGUAGAUUGGUGGGGAACUAGGAUGGAUAAGUAGAUUGGUGGGGAACUAGGAUGGACAAGUAGAUUGGUGGGGAACUAGGGUGGAUGGGUAGAUUGAGGGGGAACUAGAAUGGACGAGUAGAUUGAUCGGGAGCAAGGGUGGACGAGUAGAUUGAUGGGCAACUAGGAUGGACAAAUAGAUUGGUGGGGAGCUAGGAUGGACAAAUAGAUUGGUGGGGAACUAG